AUGGCAUUUAGAAAAUCAAAUGUUUAUUUAAGUUUAGUGAAUAGUUAUUUAAUUGAUUCACCACAACCAUCAACAAUUAAUUAUUGAUGAAAUUUAGGUUCAUUAUUAGGAUUAUGUUUAGUAAUUCAAAUUUUAACAGGUAUUUUUAUGGCUAUGCAUUAUUCAUCAAAUAUUGAAUUAGCAUUUUCAUCAGUAGAACAUAUUAUGAGAGAUGUACAAUAUGGUUGAUUAUUAAGAUAUAUGCAUGCAAAUGGAGCAUCAUUUUUCUUUAUUUGUAUGUAUAUGCAUAUUGCUAAAGGUUUAUAUUAUGGUUCAUAUAGAUCACCUAGAGUACUAGUAUGAAUUGUAGGUGUUAUUAUUUUUGUAUUAACUAUGGCUGCUGCUUUCUUAGGUUAUUGUUGUGUAUAUGGACAAAUGUCACAUUGAGGUGCACUAGUAAUUACUAAUUUAUUCUCAGCUAUUCCUUUCGUUGGUCAAGAUAUUGUACAAUGAUUAUGAGGAGGUUUCUCAGUAUCUAAUCCUACUAUUCAAAGAUUCUUUGCAUUACAUUAUUUAGUACCAUUUAUUAUUGCUGCUUUAGUAGUAAUGCAUUUUAUGGCUUUACAUGUACAUGGUUCAUCUAAUCCUUUAGGUAUUACAGGUAAUAUGGAUAGAAUUGGAAUGCAUGGUUAUUUCAUUUUUAAAGAUUUAAUUACUGUUUUUGUAUUCUUAAUUUUCUUCUCAUUAUUUGUAUUCUUCUCACCUAAUACUUUAGGACAUCCUGAUAAUUAUAUUCCUGGUAAUCCUUUAGUAACACCAGCAUCUAUUGUACCUGAAUGAUAUUUAUUACCAUUUUAUGCUAUUUUAAGAUCUAUUCCUGAUAAAUUAUUAGGUGUUAUUCUUAUGUUUGCUGCUAUUUUAGUUUUAUUAGUAUUACCUAUUACUGAUAGAAGUGUUGUAAGAGGAAAUACUUUUAAAGUAUUAUCUAAAUUCUUCUUCUUCUUAUUUAUCUUUAAUUUCUUAUUAUUAGGACAAAUCGGACAAUUACAUAUUGAACCACCUUUCGUAUUAAUGGGACAAAUUGCUACAUUCUUAUACUUCGCUUACUUUAUUAUUAUCGUACCUAUUAUCUCUACUAUUGAAAACGUAUUAUUCUAUAUCGGUAGAGUUAAUAAUUAA